UUCAGUGUGUCAGAUCCCGGCGAGGGAGUUUGUCGACAUAAUUGUCGUUGACUGGGCAGCCCAGAAAGCGACACAAGAUGAAGGUGCAAACAAAACUCCGAGAGACAUGACUUGCGAGAUAGCGAGGAGUGAGAGAGGAAGAUCGUAAGCGAGAGAGCCUAUAAAUUGAGGGGAGGAUCCAUUGAAGGCGACCUGAUAACCCAUGUGAAUCGGAGCUGUCUAAAAGAUGUAAGUUGCGUACACUAUUUACUAGGGUUCUCUGUAGCUCUUCCGCGUGAAGGUUGAUGAUUAAUGGCUAUCUGAACUUCUGAACGUCUUUGUAGUAGCCUAUAUGCAGUGCUUGCAAAAUUAGAGUUUCUUUGCGCUGGACAGGUCUUUUCAGACCCUUGUGAGAUUCAGAGCACAUCAUGGUUCAGACACUUGAAGCUAUCAAGGGUGGGGGAGGCUCUGUUAGGAUAGGAGCCACUGGAACAAUCAGUUCUCUGAUGACCAGGGAACUGGACUCAAUAAAACGAACACAGACGCUAAUGCCUUCUAGAAGAAAUCCUUCUAUGGUCCCUGUUUCAGUUCCCUGUGGUGUUGCUACUCCAAAAAAACUGCAGCCAAGAAGAAAUUCAACAAGUGAAGCAAGCACUAGUUGCAGCAGCGGCAGCAGCAGUAGCAACAAAACCAACUAUAGGAGCACUGGAAAUACGCAGAAAACAAGGCACAAUGUCGGAAAAAAUGUACAUCGCAUUCCCAUGCUUAGCUCUGAUGACAUCACUGUAGAUAGAACUCCUAACAGAGGAAAACCUGAUAAAAAGGCACCUUACAUUGUUGAAGUUGUGGAUAUAAAAUGUGGGAAUCCUGACAAAGCUUGGUCGACUCCUAUAACCAAUCGUCUGAAGAAGCUCAACUUCUCCAAGCUCUCCGAGACCAUUGCCUAAAACUGCAACCUCAGAUCAGUUUUCAGGUUUCUGUAACUGAAUCCAGGAAUUCCAUUUGGCAGCUGGUUGGUAUCUGUAACUUCCACCACAGAGCAGAUGUUUAGUAGAAAUGUACUACCUCGACUCUUCUUCUUCCUUGAAGUCAUGGUUAGAAAGCUGAAUUUUGGUCUGGAAUUACCACUGGUGGAGCCCAUAUCUGUAAUCUGAGCAUGAGGUUUCUUGGAGCUUCGACAGGGAUCCGACCGAAGUCUGCUGAAGUACUCAAUUUCCUGCAAUACUAGGGAUCCAACAGUGCCUCGGGUGCCUACCUCCACUGGAGCUGUAAUUGCCAUGCUUAGUCGGGGAUGGGUGGCUGUGGUGCAGGCUUUAUAAAUCGUGCUUGUUCUGGUAGGAUUGAUGUGGGAGAGCUUGUGCUUGUGAAUGAAGGGUUUCUGGGUUAUGUCUGGGGACUCUUGGUGGGGGAAUUCCGUUUGAGUUUGGGGCAUUUACAGCAGGUUGGCCUUUACAGCUUAACCUCGUGACAAGCUUUAUCAACAUUCCAAAGCGCGGACAGCAUGAGAUAUUGCAGCUUUGGAGGAUUUGGUUUUGAUAUGUGGUCAUCAUAUUCUUGUGGUUGCUAUCAAGACGUUGGGAUUCCAAAAACAAACUUUUUACCCUCUCUCCAUCAAGACAUUUGAGUUCCAAAACCAACUUUUUACGCUGUUACAAAUUUAAUUUUCCUGCUCUCCUCAUGUGGCUUGUAGUUGUAGACAAUUAAUUCUUAGUGUGAUCAUAAUCUAAUUAGUAUUGGAUGGUAUGCAAUUUGGCAUGUAAUACACUAGAGUUGGCAUGGGAUCUCUUAAACUUUGAUCUAAACACCCUAUCAUAAUCAUAAUGGGAAGGUGACUGCAAACUUAGCGCGAA